AUGAGUGAGGUCGCGACUAUCGAGUACAUUCGCCAUCACACCGACAUUCCAGUACCUGAAGUCAUUCGUUACCAGGCUACUGAUGCCAACAAGCUCGGAUUUGAGGGGAUGAUGUCACGCGUGCCUGGUCGCAAGCUACGUGAUCAAUGGAGCAGCACUAUCUGA